ACUCGCUAAUCCUGCGAGGCCCUCAGUAGUGAGCCGUUGUAUUGAUUGGGGUGCGGAUAUAGGGAAGUUCCACCCAGCGCAAUGAGCUUCUUGUUUCGCUCGAGCAAAACAUUUAAACCAAAGAAAAACAUUCCAGAAGGUACACACCAGUAUGAUCUUAUGAAACAUGCCGCUGCUACGCUCGGUUCCGGCAACUUGCGGAAUGCAGUACAGCUUCCGGAUGGUGAAGAUCUCAACGAAUGGGUCGCAGUCAAUACGGUAGAUUUUUUCAAUCAAAUCAACAUGCUGUACGGCACUAUAACGGAGUUCUGUACCGAAGACACUUGUGGCAUCAUGUCUGCUGGUCCAAAGUACGAGUACCAUUGGGCGGAUGGACAAACGGUGAAGAAACCGAUAAAGUGCAGCGCGCCUAAGUACAUCGACUACCUUAUGACGUGGGUGCAAGAUCAACUAGACGAUGAGACGCUGUUUCCUUCGAAAAUUGGUGUGCCGUUCCCGAAGAACUUUAUUAAUAUCGCCAAAACGAUCCUCAAGCGAUUGUUCCGCGUGUACGCCCACAUCUACCAUCAACACUUUCCUGAAGUGGUACGAUUGAGCGAGGAAGCGCAUCUCAAUACUUCAUUUAAACAUUUCAUCUACUUUGUACAAGAGUUCAACCUUAUCGAUCGUCGUGAAUUAGCACCUUUGCAAGAUCUUAUUGAUAAGCUCAUCACAAAAGACGGUCGAUAAACAAAAAGUCAUUAUUAUUUUCCCCCGAAACUGGUCAUACACCCAUGUUUAUGGUAAAACUUUUCAUCCUGCCAGCGGAUAAGAUUACUCUUGUCCGUCUCCCAGCACCCAAUUGUCUCCGAACACACUCACUAAGCUAAUUUAUUUUUUACUGCUACUAGAGAUCGAAUGUUUUUAUUAAAGUACGAUUUUAAAUUUAAGCUUUUACCAGCAUGUAUCCGAAGCUGUCGCUAGUAAUGUGCUGAAAAUCCCUUCGAAGACGCUUCGGAGUCUCGUUGCAUUGCGUUUCAGUGGCGGCGUUUUAUGAAAGCGUAUCCUCUGGCUCGAACAAUGACUUCUGUAUCGUUAGCAAGACA